AUGGGACUCAACCUGGGUGUCUCUUCCUACGCCAAUCACCCCGUGAAGGAAAUCACAGACGGACCGUCUCAUGAUGUUAUGCAGCUCUACUCAAUGAGCGACAAGCCUAAGCAGGAGCGGAUGCUUCUCAUAUCCUUGGGGUACGGUGGAAUGAAUUAA